AUGAUCGUCUCGACAGCUGUUGCAUGCGCUCUGGCGGCGGUCGUGACGGCAUAUACUGACAUCCGCCACAAGCGAUUCAUGGUCAAGAAUAUUGAUCCUAUCGUUUAUCCUGGGCAGUACCGUUCUCAUAUGCACUCAUUCUUUGGAUCCGAUGCUGUGACCAAAGACCUGCCCACCACGGCCGACCUGCAGAAAGGCUGUGCCUCUGGAGAGAACCCCAACGAUUUGUCAGUGUACUGGAUUCCAACCCUUUACUAUGUACGGGGACCAACCGACUUUGUGGAGGUGAAUCCGGGCAUGUUCAGCACAUACUAUGAAAACAUCGACAAGGCCGAGAUUCCAUAUCCACAAGACUUUUUUGCCAUUGCAGGAAAUGCAACAGCGAGAAGCCAGAGUGAUGUGAACGAGGGCACCACUGGUCUGACAUGGUGGUGUGAAAAUGGGCCUGAGGACAGACAGAACCGUAAUCGAGCUCUCAUGCCUCGCGUGACGUGCAGCGGCAAUAUCCAAGUCAUUCUUCGGUUUCCGGAUUGCGUCCAGACAAGCAACAUCAAGAACUAUGCCUACACCGCAGCGAACGGUGGCCGUUGUCCCUCAGGUAUGAAACGAAUUCCGCAGCUCCGGUUCUCUGUUCGAUACAAUGUUCGCAGCCUGCUUCCCAAAGGUUGGUCCGGCACUCCACCUCUGAAGUUGGCUUGCGGCGAAGUAGGCGAAGGGUACUGCUUUCAUGGGGAUUUCAUCAAUGGGUGGUUUGACGACGCUCAGAAAAAUCUGCUGAUGGCCACGAGCCGCAACCAGUGGAUGAGAGUUGACGGCGCCAGGGGGGAAGGGAAAGCGGGGACAACAUGUGGGCCAAAAGAUCGGGAGCCGGCAAAGGGAACAAGUGACUAUCUUACAAGUGUCGACAUGAUGAAGAUGCACUAG